AUUGUUAGCUAGAGUUACAUAGUCAGCUAACGUAAACGUGCGAGGUGGUUGAAUAACUGUUUGUGUAGCUAGCUAAGUUACGUUAUUCAACGCUCAUAAACAGUGAAAAGCUCAUCGCGCAUUAUUUAACUAUCCAACGUGACUAACAGCCCAUUUGCUGGUCUGAACCUCCUGUGAGUGAUGGAACCGGAGGGGGAAAGCACCCCGACCCCGGCGCACUCCAAAAAGCCCGACGUUGCGCUCUACGUCCCCAAGAAACGGCAGGAGCAGGGGGGUGCCGUGAAAGAGGCCCCCGCUAACCCCAAACCCUCCUCCAGAGACAAGGCCCAGGCUGCCGGCAAGCCCAGGACAAGGCCCCGGUACAGCGACAAGAACAGGAAGAAUAACAACAGAGCCAAGAAGGACAGAGGAGGCGGAGACCAGACGGUGACCAACGCCCUCCCCAACGGCGACUUGGGGGAGAGGGAGGCCGAAAACAAGACUGACAACCAGACAGAGGGUGGGCCGGUUCACUCUGGGACGCUUCCGGUGCCUGAGGGGGAGGGGCUGAGUAAUUGUAGCCCCUCUGAAGCCCCAGGGGGCAGGGCGGACGGUGAGGCUGCAGGCUCGUCCAAUCAGCAGAGCUCUUUGGAGCAACAGGAGGCAGAGCCGGAGGAGGAGAGCUGGGACAGCCUGUUCAAUGACAACGGGGACUGCCUGGAUCCUCACCUGAUAGAGGAGAUCUCGCUGAAAGGUGGGAAGAAGAAGGACGUCCAGGAGCCGCGGUUCGAUUACUACAACUGGGACCCGGAGCGGGACCCGGAGCUGGAGCUGCGAGAGGAUGAGCUGUCCAACAUCGUGGAGAUCUACGACUUCCCCAGCGAGUUCAAAACCGAGGACCUGCUGCGGGCCUUCCACUCCUACCAGCAGAGGGGCUUUGACAUCCAGUGGGUGGAUGAGAUGCACGCUCUUGGACUCUUCUCCAGCCCCAUCGCGGCCAGAGACGCCCUCAUGUCCAAACACCCCUUGUUGAAGGUCCGCCCCCUCUCACAGGCAUCGGCCGCUACCAAGGCCAAAGCCCGGAGCUGCUCAGACUACCUCCUGCCCGCUAAGGAGCGGCCCCAGACCAGUGCAGCCCUGGCCCGCAGGCUGGUCAUCGGGGCGCUGGGCGUGCGGAGCCCCCAGAGCCGGGACGAGAGGGAUGCUGAGAGAAAGAAACUGCAGGAGGCGCGAGAGCAAAAGCGGCUGGCAGCAAAACAGCGCGAGGAUGCAUGGGAAGGGAAGUGAAGGAGGACAGUUCUCACACACACACACAAACACACAAACACAUACGUACACACACACACACACACACACACAAAUACACACAUAUGUACACACACACACACAAACACACACAUACACACAUACGUACACACACACACACACACACAUACGUACACACAUACACAUACAUACACGCAUACACACAAAUGCACACACGUACAUAGAGACACGCUGGAGAUGCCAGUUGGAUCGCCACAAGCUAUGCCACUUGUUUAGUGUAAGUCAGGAACACCGGAAAGUUCUGACUUCUGCACCUGGGAAUUUUCGCAGGAUGCAGCAGCUACAGUGAUUUUAGUCAUUAGAGUAAGAGAACAGAGCGGAACAAAGCUAAAAUAAUUCCCAAACUAUUGGAAACCAAAGUCCAAACAAUGUUUUCACACGACCAGAAUUGAAAAUUUAUGAACAGGGUAUUAAACAAAUAAAUAUAUUAAACAAAAUAUUUAGAAAUUACUUUAAUGCUAUUUGCAAACCAAAUGUCCAAAGAAAAUGUUCCCCCCCCCCAUAAUUUCUCUAGAGAAGUACAGACACCUCACAAAUGUGUUGAGUGAGGGAGACAUGGUGUAGUUGCUCUUGACUCAUUUAAACUAUCGUGUAUGUUAGAGGUACCCAGUCCCGUAAGUGAAAUCAGACAUUAGGCCCUGCCUCUACUGUGCUCACUCUAAACAUUUAUUCAAGAGCAGGUUAUAUGUGAACAUCUGUAUUUUUAGAACCAAAAAGGGCUUCAGUAUGUGGGUUUAAACCAAGACUCACACACAACUUGGCAAUCCCUUUGCUGCCGGGUGCACAGCUUUGCCGCUUUGAAAAUGGAGCUCUCAUUAUCCAGUCACAAGUCCUUUUGGUUUCUGUGCUGAAAGGUGAUUGGAUAGUGCAUGGUCAUGAGACGACAAGGCAGCCAUGUUGAGAAUCAUCCGUAAUAAAGGAUAGGCAAAGCUCCCUGCUCCAGGCUUUCCAACUCUGGCCUAGAUUCCGUCAACAUUUCUCAUUUGUAUAUAAUAAGUUACAGUUGAUUAGACUAAGUAGGGGACAAUCCCCACCCUGGAGCAAUGCAAGGUUAAGGUCCUUUCUCAAGGCCCAACAGCUGUGCAGAUCUUAUUUUCGUCUCAAGCAGUUCAACGAUCACCAAAAUUAAUUCACCAAAUUGCGCUUAUGAAGAGAAAGGGACCGUGGGGCAAAGUUAACCAAUUUUUUGGGGCAAAGUUAAUUGUUGAUUGAAUCUAGGCCUUUUUCUCAGAGUAUUCUGCUCCCAGUCACCUUACCUUUUAGGACACGUGAAGAAAAAGAUUUGAACAUUUACUGCCUGUGAUUCAAGCUCUAGGAUCCGCAUAUGGAAGGUCACACCAAAUACUGUUCUGAGUUUUCUGCAGAAACACCUCUGUCUGCCCUUCCACCUUAGAAGUGUUUUCAUUUUUAUACUUUUUAUCCAGUAUACUGUACAUGGUGUCUUCACCCAUCUGUGAUUUAAUAAAUAAUUUUAAAUGUCAA